UCACUCUUCACCACUCAGACCUGCUGAUGGGCGGAGCUUCACUCUGAAACACAACCUCCUGUAUUCUGGCUUUUCAUUUUCCUCUGAGCUCAACCAGAGAGAGAGAGAGAGAGAGAGAGAGAGAGAGAGAGAGAGAGAGAGAAAUACAGAGGGACAGAGAGGGACAGAGAGAGACAGAAAGAGACACAGACAGAGAGAGAGACAGAGAGAGACAGAGAGAGAGAGAGAAAUGGCCGUAACAACCUGCACGCGUUUUACAGACGAGUUUCAGCUUUACGAGGAGCUGGGCAAGGGAGCCUUCUCGGUGGUGCGCAGAUGUGUGAAGCUGUGCACAGGACAGGAGAAUGCUGCCAAAAUAAUCAACACCAAAAAGUUAUCUGCCAGAGAUCACCAGAAGCUGGAGCGAGAGGCUCGGAUUUGUCGCCUGUUGAAACAUCCAAACAUCGUUCGUCUUCAUGACAGUAUAUCAGAGGAGGGCUUCCACUACCUCCUGUUUGACCUGGUGACCGGAGGUGAACUGUUCGAGGACAUCGUAGCCAGAGAAUAUUACAGCGAGGCCGACGCCAGUCACUGUAUCCAUCAGAUUCUAGACAGUGUCCAUCACAUUCACCAACAUGACAUAGUGCACAGGGACUUGAAGCCAGAGAACCUGCUCCUGGCGAGCAAAUGUAAGAACGCUGCCGUGAAGCUGGCCGACUUCGGCCUGGCCAUCGAGGUGCAGGGGGAUCAGCAGGCCUGGUUCGGAUUUGCUGGCACACCGGGUUACCUCUCCCCCGAGGUCCUGAGGAAGGAGGCAUAUGGCAAACCUGUGGACAUCUGGGCCUGCGGGGUGAUCCUCUACAUCCUGCUGGUGGGUUACCCCCCUUUCUGGGAUGAGGACCAGCACAAGCUGUACCAGCAGAUCAAGGCUGGGGCCUACGAUUUCCCUUCUCCUGAGUGGGACACGGUGACCCCAGAGGCCAAGAACCUGAUCAACCAGAUGCUCACUAUCAACCCAGCCAAGAGGAUCACAGCUCAGGAGGCCCUCAAGCACCCGUGGGUCUGCCAACGGUCCACAGUGGCGUCCAUGAUGCACAGACAGGAGACCGUGGAGUGCCUGAAGAAAUUCAACGCCAGGAGGAAACUCAAGGGGGCCAUUCUCACCACCAUGCUGGUUUCUCGAAAUUUCUCUGUGGGCAGCCGGCAGACCACCGCUCCGGCCUCCGUCACAGCGGCCGCGGCAGCAGCGGCUGCAGCAGCCGGCACCACCGCGGGGCUGGUGGAACAAGCAGCGAAGAGCUUGCUCAACAAAAAGGCAGAUGUCAAGAAACGCAAGUCCAGCUCGACUGUUCAGUAUAUGCCCCAGACAAACAGCAUCAAAAACAGCAUAGUCACCAGCCCCAAAGGAAACACCUCUUCACCUGCUCUGGAACCUCAGACAACCGUCAUCCAUAAUCCAAUAGACGGAACAAAGGAGUCGUCGGACAGCAGCAACACCACCGUGGAGGACGAGGACGUGAAAGGGAAGAGCUUAGACCUCAGCUCCCUUAAGGCGCAGUCCAGCACAAGCUCCCAGCCCGAGAGCUCUCAGGGUUCCUCGGCUGCCGUGCACUCCGCUGCAAAGUUCGCCGACCUGCUGGGCUCGGUGCGUCGGGGCUCAGGGCCGGCGUCCGACGGCGAAGGGAGAACCGACACGCCGCCUCCCGCGGUCUUCUCAGCCCCCUCCCCCCCGCACACCCCCGCCGCCCCCAUGCAGAUGUCCCGGCUCACCGACCUGGUAAGCAGCAUCCGCAGGGUGCCGGUGGCCCCUGCACCUGAGGCUGAUGCUGCACCGGCCCCUAGCGCCAGGGCCGCCCUUCCACCUGCACACUCCAUCUCCCCGCCCCCCCCUCACUCCCGCUCGAGCCCCCCCCUGUCCUCCUCCCAGACGCGCAAACAAGAAAUCAUCAAGAUCACCGAGCAGCUGAUCGAGGCCAUCAACAACGGAGACUUCGAGGCGUAUGCUAAGAUCUGCGACCACGGGCUGACCUCGUUCGAGCCGGAGGCGCUGGGCAACCUGGUGGAGGGGAUGGACUUCCACAGAUUUUACUUUGAGAACCUUUUGGCCAAGAACAGCAAACCCAUCCACACGACCAUCCUCAACCCCCACGUCCACCUGAUCGGAGAGGACGCCGCCUGCAUCGCCUACAUCCGCCUGACCCAGUACGUGGACGGCCAGGGCCGGCCGCGCUCCAGCCAGUCGGAGGAGACUCGCGUCUGGCAUCGCCGGGACAGCAAGUGGCAGAACAUCCACUUCCACUGCUCAGGCGCUCCGGCCGCGCCGCUCCAGUGA